AUGGUAUACGAGAAUAUGACGUCCGCCUCCGCCUCCGACAUGCUCCGCGAUCGUCUCCUCCAAAUCGCUGCAGAACGUAAGCGGAAAGAACUGGAACGCCAGCAGGAACAAGAGGCAUUGGAAGCGAAGCAGGCCGAAAAGCGUAACCGCAAGAGCUACAUGGAGCGCUUCGGCAUGACGCGGAAGGAAGUGCGCAAGCUCAUGGUAUGGUCGCCGCAGCGCAGUGGGAGGCAGAACCUGCUGGAGAAGAGAAUCGUGGAGCUGCGGAAGCAGAAGCGGGCGAAGAAGGGCAAUGCACCAGCCGACGUACAGGAGUCGAGUCCGCAGAAGCAGCAUGGACAGCCAAAGGCGCCGGCGAAGAAGGGCGGUGUCAGGGCACGGAAAGCUGUGAAGUCGUGA